AUGGCUUCGCGGCGAGACUUCCUCAGCCAGAAAGCACCCGAGAACUACGUCGCCGGUCUCGGUAGAGGCGCAACGGGCUUCACGACACGGUCGGAUCUAGGACCUGCUCGAGACGGGCCUAGCACGGAACAGAUUCAAGAAGCACUCGCGAAGCGAGCCGCGCAGUUAGGCGCAGCGCCCCCAACCGCGUACGGUGCAGUCGACAAGAAGAAACCAGAACAAGACGAAGAAGACGAUGAACGAUUCCAGGAUCCAGAAAACGAGGUGGGAUUGUUUGCCUAUGGACAGUAUGACCAGGCCGACGACGAGGCCGACCGGAUAUACCAAGCGGUGGACGAAAAGAUUGAGAGACGGCGGAAAAGACCAAGGGAAGCACGAGAGAAGGAAGAACUCGAAGAAUAUAAUCGAAAGAAUCCCAAGAUAUCAGAAGAGUUUGCCGCAUUAAAAAGAAAUCUUGCGACGGUGUCGGACGAAGAUUGGGCCAAUCUGCCGGAACCUGGUGAUUUGACAGGCAAGAAUCGAAGAUCCAAACAAAAUCUUAGGCAACGCUUUUACCCAGUCCCCGACACCGUGUUGGCCGGCGCCAGAGACUCGACAGAAUUCCAAACUAGCGUCCAAGACGAUGGAGGCCAGGCGAGCGCGGAUAACAAGGACGGAACGAUGACCAACUUUGCCGACAUUGGUGCUGCCAGAGAUAAAGUCCUCAAAGCCAGGUUGGAUCGAGCAGCGCAGAUGGACGCCGGUACCGGGUCGGCAUCAACCAUCGACCCCAAAGGAUACCUCACGAGUCUUGCGCAAACAGAAUUGACCUCUUUGGCCGCCGAUGUUGGCGAUAUCAAUCGGGUAAGGGUACUGCUGGAGUCGGUCUGCAAGACAAAUCCGAAACAUGCGCCAGGCUGGAUUGCAAUUGCACGGCUCGAGGAAUUGGCCGGCAAGAUCGUGUCAGCCAGGAAAGUGAUUGCACAAGGAUGCGAACAGUGUCCGAAAAGUGAAGAUGUCUGGCUAGAAAACAUUCGACUCAACGACAACCACAAUGCCAAGAUCAUCGCUGCUAACGCCAUCAAGCACAACGAUCGUUCAACGAGGCUAUGGAUCGAGGCUAUGAAACUGGAGACAGAUACUCGCGCGAAGAAACGAGUCUUGCGACAAGCUCUAGAUCACAUUCCACAGUCUGUGCUGAUCUGGAAGGAGGCUGUCAAUCUGGAAGAAGAUCCGGAGGAUGCGAAACUGUUGCUUGCAAAGGCCACCGAAAUCAUCCCCUUGUCCGUCGAGUUGUGGCUCGCCCUUGCUCGACUCGAAUCGCCCGAAAAUGCUCAGGCUGUCCUCAACAAGGCGAGGAAAGCUGUACCUACCAGUUACGAGGUCUGGAUCGCCGCCGCUCGCUUGCAAGAACAAAUAGGCAAUGCCAAUAAAGUCAACAUCAUGAAUCGGGCCAUCAAAGCGCUGGUCAAAGAAGGCGCGAUGCUGAAGCGUGAAGAAUGGAUUGCCGAGGCUGAGAAAUGCGAAGAGGAAGGCGCCGUCUUGACGUGCGGUGCCAUCAUUCGGGAAACACUUGGCUGGUCACUGGAUGAAGACGAUGACCGGAAAGAAAUCUUCAAGGAUGACGCAAAGGCAAGCAUAGCGAGGGGUCGGUACGAAACUGCGAGGGCCAUUUAUGCCUAUGCCCUACGAAUCUUUCCCACCAGCAAAUCACUCUGGUUUGCCGCUGCAGAUCUCGAAAGGAAUUACGGCACCAAAGAAGCUCUUUGGCAAGUCUUGGAGAAGGCUGUCGAGGCUUGUCCCCAGUCGGAAGUGCUGUGGCUCCAACUUGCGCGAGAGAAAUGGGCUGCCGGCGAAGUCGACGAUGCCCGCCGUGUGCUCGGCAAGGCUUUCAAUCAAAAUCCGAACAACGAAGAGAUCUGGCUGGCGGCAGUCAAGCUGGAGGCGGACGCAAAACAAGUCGACCAAGCACGAGAGCUUCUUGCAACCGCAAGACAGGAGGCUCCGACUGAACGAGUAUGGUACAAAAGCGCGGCGUACGAGAGACAGCUGGGUAAUACCGACGUUGCCCUUGAUUUGGUCCUCCAGGGCCUGACGUCGGCUGUGGUGGAUAAGAAAGAAACGCGAUUCCCGCGAAGUGCAAAGUUAUGGAUGAUGAAAGGUCAAAUAUACGAGGACAAAGGCAUGAUGCCUCAGGCCCGGGAGGCCUACUCUCAAGGCACGAGGGCAUGUCCCAAGUCAGUGCCACUUUGGCUUCUUGCGGCCCGACUGGAAGAGAAGGCUGGCGUGACGAUCAAAGCAAGGUCUGUGCUUGACAGAGCUCGAUUACAAAACCCCAAGAACCCCGAAUUGUGGGUGGAGAGUGUCAGAGUUGAGCUCCAGGCAAAACCACCCAACAUCCAACAAGCCAAGAUCCUGAUGUCCAAAGCGCUACAAGAAUGUCCCAAGUCUGGGCUACUGUGGACAGAAAACAUCUGGAAGCUCCAACCAAGGACUCAGCGGAAGCCGUUGAGUUUGGAAGCCAUCAAGAAUGUCGACAACGAUCCGAGCCUAUUUGUCACCGUGGCCCGGAUUUUCUGGAGUGAACGAAAAUUGGACAAGGCCAUGAAUUGGUUUGAGAAGGCCAUUGUGCUCGACAGUGAUCUGGGAGACACUUGGGCCUGGUAUCUGAAAUUCUUGAUGCAGCAUGGUACCGAUGAAAAACGAGAGGACGUUAUUUCAAAGUGCGUGACCAGCGAGCCCAAGCAUGGCGAGGUUUGGCAGAGAGUCAGAAAGGAUCCCAAGAAUGCGUACCUCAGUACUAAAGAAGUCUUGCUGGAGGUUAUGAAUCAGCUUGAGGCUAAAGAAGUCAUCAGUUAA